AUGUCUUCACCGGCCUUGACCCAUGAGCUGGACGAUGCUGGCGAAUGGAUCGCCAAUCAUGUCGCGGCAGACAGCACCACGACCGUUCAUUCCAUCUGGGUGUGUAGUAUUCGUGACUCACAGAAAGUGCUGGUCGAAUCACAAAAUUGGCGCAGUUGCAAUCAGAGGGCAAAGAGCUGGCUCACCCAUGGUUCGCAGUAG